UGUGGAUCAUCCCAGUCUGGAGGCGUGGCUUAAAACAACCAAUCAGCAGAUAGCGGCGCUACAGUACGCCCACAGGAGGCAGUCCGACGGUGCAGCAGAGGGGGCGGAGCCUGCAGUUCCUGAAGGGUUCAGAUUGGACUUCAGUCCGCAGAACCCGUUCUCCAGCAGCAUCAGCGAGAUGAUCACCACCUUCAGCAUGUCGACCUACAAGGUGGGGCUGAAGGUGAACCCCAACGAACAGGACCACAGAGUCCCGGUGCUGAUCUGGUCCACCUGUGCCUACACCAUCCAGAGUAUAGAGCGCCUCCUGAUGGAUGAGGAGAAGCCGCUGUUUGGAAGUUUACCUUGCCGACAGGACGACUGUCUGAGCGCGCUCGCCAGGUUCAGUUCAUCCUGUUGGACUGCAUCUCCACUGAGAGCAAGUCACACACACUUCAUCAGGCUGCUCACAGCCCUGGUUCCAGACUCUCAGGUAGAAAAUAUUCCGUGUAUCCUCGACAUCGACAUGUUUCACCUGCUGGUUUACGUUGUGUUGUCCUACAACUCAGUUCAUAGUCUGGACCAAUCAGGGUGUAGAGUGGUGGACUCGGCCCACCUCCACCUCCUUCACCUGGUCACUGUGACUCACGUGGUUCAGAUCCUGCUCACCUCCACCACAGAGGAGGUGUGUAUGGAUCAGGACAGUGGGGGAUCAGAGGAGGAGGAACUCACCUGUCAGCUGUACACCACGCUGAGGAAACACCUGGGCAGUGUGUUACCUGAAGUGACCUCUGGCUGGCAGCUGCUUCGUUGUGUUAAAGCCGGCGUGCUGCCGUUCCUCCGAGCUGCUGCCCUCUUCUUCCACUACCUGAACUCUACAGCGCCACCUGCUGACCUGCUGGUUGCAGGUCCUGGUCAGUGGGAGGCGCUGUGCAGCUACCUCAGUCUGCCCUCCAACCUGCUGCAGCUCCACCAGAGCCAGUACACACUGCUGGAGCCCUUCAUUCACAGGUGGUGUUGUCAUCCAGGUGUGAGACAGACGCUGCAGGGGGGCGGAGUCAUCGUCAGGUUCCCCAGAGAGUCGAACCGACUGAUCGAACUGCCUGAAGAUUACAGCGCCCUGAUAAACCAGGCGUCCAGCUUCAC